AAUGCCAUGGCUGCAGAUGAAAGUGCUACGGAAAAGCAAGCGGGGGAACCAAAAAUGGCAGUAGAUGGUGAAACCAACGGUUCCUGUGAGCACAGCGACGCUGGGGGCCACCCAAACCCAGCUAAAAACACUCAGGACAAUACGAAAGUGAGCCAGCAGGACUCUAGUACUAAAUUAAAUAGGAUAGCAGAAAACGGCAUUUCGGAACGAGAUGGCGAGACUGGGAAGCAAAACCAUAUGAAAGCUAAUGACUUCACACAGACUUCUGUAACGGGGAGCAAUGGAUAUAUUCUAACCAAGCAGAUGGCACAGGAGCAACCUCUAAGGACUACCAGCACCUUUGCUUCUCUCACCGGCCAUGCUGCAAAAACCCUUCCAGGAGGAGCAAGCAAAGGGAGAACUGUGGGCUCCUUUUCUCAGAUGCAAGCCACGAUGCCAGCCAAGCUCGGGGAGGGCAGCAAGGACAUGGAUGCUAAAAAAGCCACCGCUGCUAACACUGAAGUCAAGGUCCACAGAGCACGGAAGACAAUGCCUAAACCCACCCCUAGCCUGCAUGCAAGUAAAGACCCCAAAGAUGGGAGAGACAGCAGAGAUCAAAAAGAAUCCAAGGAGGAAGGCAGCAAAAACAUCUUGGAAUUUGGGAAGCCAUUGCCAUUGUCCUCUCUCCCGGGCCUUCACCAGUCACUACCUCAGAACCAGAGCUAUGUGGCCACCACGAAGUCGCAGACAGCUGCUGCAGUAUCUCGGAAGAAGAAACGGAGAAUGGGAACCUAUAGCCUGGUUCCCAAGAAAAAGACCAAAGUGUUAAAACAGAGAACAAUGAUUGAGAUGUUUAAGAGCAUAACUCAUUCCUCUGUGGGUGCCAAGAGUGAAAAGGACCUGGGUGAUGGCAGCCCUCACGUGAAUGGGGAAAGCUUGGAUGUAGACUCUGACGAGGAAGACUCUGAUGAUUUGGAAGAGGAUGAUGAUCAUGGAGCAGAACAGGCAGCUGUGUAUCCUGCAGAUGAUAACAGGACCUCUAAAGACAGUGCAUCCGACGCAGACAAUGCCAGAAAGAUUGAUGAUGGUGAGUCUGAGGAGGAACAAGAGUCUGGAGAGUCUGGGGAGGAGGAGGAAGAUGGAGAUGAGUCUGACUUGAGCUCAGAGUCCAGCAUCAAGAAGAAGCUGCUGAAGAGGAAAGGAAAGACGGACAGUCCAUGGCUGAAACCCACCCGCAAGAGGAGACGGAGGAAUAAAAAGAAACAAGCCAGUAUGCUAGGUGCUGAAGCCUACAAACCAUCCUUGGGAGGCCGAGAGGGCCCUGGCCAGGACAACAGCAUGGAGUACAUGGAGGUGUCCCUGGAUUCCCUGGAUC